GGAGCUGUAUCAUAGCACAAUCUACUCUAGUGUUUGCAAAGAUGGACUACCUUGGUUUCCUUAUUGUUCUCCAGUUAUAUGAAAUCACAGUGGAAGGAAGAUUUGUGGAUGUAACUGUAAAACUUGCCAGUAAUAUGCAGCUGGAAUGUAUAUAUCCAAAGAAUGCCACUAUAACCCAGAUGUCAUGGAUUAAGUGUAAUGAGACCAACAAAGAAGCAAUAGCCACCUUCCAUCCAUCCUACGGUGUACAUAUUGAUGACAAGUAUAAAGACAGAGUUUACAUUGUAAAUGCUUCAUCAGAAGACAAGUCUCUCUAUUUCACCAAGACCAGUGCAGCAGACACAGGCUUUUAUUCCUGCUCCAUUCAAACUUUUCCAGAUGGACUUUGGGAAAAGAUAAUACAGGUCAUCCAAUCAGAUGUUUUUGAUGCAUCUAUGCCACAACCUCAUCCUGUGGUUACUGGACUAGGGGGAAAUCUCCUCUUAAUGUGUCUUUAUAACCUUGGAGGUUCGGUUCAGCAAGUUAAGUGGGAAAGGAUUCAAAGAGAUCGGAUAGAUACCAUUGUCCUUUGUUCCUGGUCAGGAAAGAAAACCUUCGGUUCAGAUUUCCAGCAGCGUACACUGAUAGACUGCACUCCUCAUGUGAACAACACGCUUAUCAUUAAAAACUUUACAGCUUCUGACUAUGGGAUUUACCGCUGUGUAGCUACUGGAGGAAACAAAAUGGAUGUGAUGAGUUUUAAUGUCAUGAGUGGUAAGUGAGGAAGCAAAGCAGCAAAUGGUAUUUACAAAUGGGAACUUU